AAACUAGGGGGCCAAGGUGGCCAUGGCAGAUGCGGGCAUUGCGGGGCGGAGUCCGUCGCGGGACCGCCUCCGGGCCAGAGCGAGCGCUGCCCCCGGCGCAGAGUUUCGGAGGUGCCCCACGGAGCAGAAGGAGCACCGCGGACUUUAGCGCCGGGAACAGGCGCGUCCACACGCCCUCAGUGAGGCCGAAAGCGCCAUCAAUCCCGGCCGUCGUCCGAGUAGAGGUCCAUGGCAGCAGGCAGCUCGUGCCAGGGACAAACAUGGCGCCCCUGCCCCCGAUAGGCCGCGAGAACCCUGCGCAUCCGGCGUCGCCCUUGUAGUGCCYGGCCGGGAAGGCGGUGGGCAGCGCCUCCGCCCGGGCUCGUUCCGCGCCCUUGGCAGGGGUAGCGCCCGCCGUGGCCAUGGCGGCCUGGCCCGCCGUGCCCCUCCUCAUCAACCUCGGCGGGUCGCUGCUGGGCUUCGCGGCCACGCUCGCGCUGAUCCCGGCCUUCACGGAACACUUCCUCGCCGCGCGGCUCUGCGGGGAGGACCUCAACAAGACCUCACGGCGGCCUGUCCCCGAAGCACAGGGCGUAAUCAGUGGUGCCGUGUUCCUGAUCAUCCUCUUCUGCUUCAUUCCCGUGCCCUUCCUGAGAUGUUUUGUGGAGGAGCAGUGCACGGUCUUUCCUCACGACGAGUUCGUGGAGCUCAUCGGUUCGCUCCUUGCCAUCUGCUGUAUGAUUUUCCUGGGCUUUGCAGAUGAUGUUCUGAACCUGCGCUGGCGCCACAAGCUGCUUCUUCCUACCAUGGCUUCCCUCCCACUGCUCAUGGUUUACUUCACCAACUUUGGGAACACGACCAUUGUGGUGCCUAAGCCUUUCCGAGUACUGCUCGGCAUGCACUUGGACCUGGGUAUUCUCUACUACGUGUACAUGGGUAUGCUAGCAGUGUUCUGCACUAAUGCCAUCAACAUUCUUGCUGGAAUUAAUGGAAUUGAAGCAGGACAAUCGCUGGUGAUAGCUGCUUCCAUUAUCGUAUUCAAUAUUGUAGAAUUAAAUGGGGAUUAUCRAGAAGAUCACAUGUUUUCUCUCUACUUCAUGAUUCCCUUUUUUUUUACCACGCUGGGCCUAUUUUACCACAACUGGUACCCAUCUCGAGUGUUUGUUGGCGACACUUUCUGCUACUUUGCUGGCAUGACCUUUGCUGUGGUGGGGAUCUUGGGACACUUCAGCAAAACRAUGCUGCUUUUUUUCAUCCCACAAGUGAUCAACUUCCUCUAUUCAUUGCCUCAACUCUUCCACGUCAUUCCUUGUCCCCGUCACCGGCUACCGAGGCUUAAUCCUAGUACAGGAAAGUUGGAGAUGAGCUACUCGAAGUUCAAAACUAAGAGCCUCUCUGCCCUGGGAAUAAACAUUCUGAAGGUAGUCAAGAUCUUGCAUGUAGUAGACGUGAGGAGUGGAACAGAUGAAGAUGGCGAAUACACUGAAUGCAAUAAUAUGACACUUAUUAAUUUUGUCAUAAAGCUGAUUGGACCCACCCACGAGCGAAAUCUCACUCUCCUGUUACUACUCAUUCAGGUCCUUGGCAGCACGAUUGCAUUUUCGAUCCGGUACCAACUAGUGCGCUUGUUUUAUGAUGUCUGACUGGACUGUCAGGAGCAAGGGAAAGAGUUUUACUGCCAGUCCAUUUUCUCCAAUUGCUUGACCACAUGAUUCAACUGAUCUUACAGCAGCUCUCUGAGAACCUCAGAAUACCUGUAAGAACGCAAGCAACUGCUCUGCGUGGGCAGUCUUGAACUGGGGGUUUUUUGUGCAAAAAAGGCUUUUGUCCAAUUCUGCGGAUAGAAAAGAUUCACUGCUACUUGGACAUCAUUGUUAACAGGAAUACCUUUUAGCAGGGAAGCAAGUGACAGCACUUAGGGGAAGUGGGAAAGAUGGAAUCUAUACAUCUAACAAAGACACCACUGUUCACUAAGAGAGAAAACAGCAACUUUUAAUUUCUCUGAGACUCUGUAGAGCAGAAUAAGUAAACCAGACUCUGCUUCUGGCUUCUCCAAUCAUGUUUUUGGUUCAUGGACAUAGAAUGGCAUAUUACAAACCAUGCUCAAAACUCAGAGUGCUCCAAGAAUAAAGUGAUUCAUGGUA